CCGUGACAAGUCUUUGUUUACCCCCAUAUGGAUUCUGAAAAACAUUUAUUGAGGUGUCCAGGCGUGGUGUUUGUCCUUUUUUUUCCAGCUCUUCAUCCAAGACCUCACCUGUCCUGCCAGCAGUCAAUCCUGGACACCUGUCGCCAAUCAGCCGAUCAGCCAAUCAACCUCCAGUCCUGCCCCUAUAUAUUGCUUUGCACCCUGUGUUUCUGGCGGUCUGUCUGUCUGUCUGUGUGAGAGGGAGAGCAUUUUGACACUUUGACUAAAGUUUGUGACCUUUUGGUUUUUGCCCUCCUUAACCAAACUAGUGUUUGAGGGCCUAUUUUUGUUAAAACCUACCCGUCCCCACCUAGUGUGUUUUGCAGUCAACCCCAUUCUCUGUAUUGUCUUCUUCCUUGGAGAAGGGCUCCAGGUAAGACACCCCGGGGUCUACAUUCAGCGCGUAGGUGACUUUGUUUAUACACACUAGGUAAGUGUGGGCGGCUGCCACGAUCUUCUGUAGCAGGCAGGUAAGGUUCAGGCUUAGUUAGUUAGGGCUAGUCACUGGUUAAGAUAGUUAAGGUCACAGGGUCGAGGUGUAGGGGAAGUUUAGGGUUUUUGUGGUUAGUGGCACCGCCCACAGGGCCCUUCUCCUAACGUCCUCCUGCCCUCCAUUAGCUCUCCCCAUUUUUGUUUCUACCAGCCUUUUGUUUUACGCCUGCUGACUGUGUUCUGGCAUCUUUGUUGUAAUUUGUAAAAUUUGUAACACUGCUUCUGUUUAAUUAUAUCCUUUGUUAUAUAAAUUCCCUUUUUCCUAUGGAAAAGGCCACCAAGUUCUUUUGUGUUGUGUACCUGGUUUUGCCCGCUCACCACCUGACGCUAUUUACAUCUGCCCAGUAGGCCUGCGCAUAAGUGUUGCGUUUUCCCCCCUCACUCCUAGUUUGGCCAUUUUUAACAACUUCAAGGGGGGACGUAACAUAGUGGGGGCUCGUCCGGGAAAACCUUAUUGUGUCCGGAGGCUUGUGUGUGGGUGUACUGUUGUGGACUGGUUCUGGUGGUGUGGCAGCCUUGUGUUUGGUUGGUAUGGUGGAGUCCAUUGUGCAACUGUUUAUUGAUACCCCAGCAGUAGAGCUGUUGGAUAGAUGCCGUGUACAGAUUUACAGGCCAUUGCAGAGCACUUUUCUAUUCAACUGCCUAAGGGCUUGCUGAAGGCUGAGUUGACGCAGCAUGUCAAGCAAGAGUUGGUGAAAGCUGGUGUGCUUGUGGUGGUGCCUGAGGUGGUGUCUUCUACUCCUUUCCCUGGGGUGGAGGAAAUCUCCCCUAGUGGUGGAAGGCUCCCACAGCCUGACCUGGAGUUGGAGGCUGAUGCGCAGGCUGCGCCAGAGGUGUUAGUUCCCCCGAUCGUGCCUGUUGCUCCCGGCGUGUUGGCUGCCUCAGAUGUUUUGGUUGCCCCUCCAGAAGUCCCUCGGACCAUGCCUCGGUUCAGCCCAGCUCGGUUGUCCCCUCCUGAGACGUCUGAUAAAGCUCGGUUACGUCUCCGUAUGGCUUCUCUUGAGUUGCAACACCGUGAGAGAGAGCGUAGAGAGAGGGCCGAGUAUGAGCAUAAACUGCAGCUCAGGAAGCUGGAACUGGAGGCUGAGGUCCAGAAGAGGCGUGUGGAGAGGAGGAGAAGGUAGCCCUGGCUCAUGCCAGAGUGUCAAGCAGUCGUAUGCCUGAUGCCUCCAGCCCCUCUGCAUUCGCCACAGCCAGCCCACCCGACCAGUUUGAUGUGACAAAAAACAUUUCUCUUGUUCCGCCCUUCAGAGAAUCUGAAGUAGACUCUUACUUUGGAGUGUUUGAGCGUAUAGCAGCAGCUCUUAAGUGGCCUGAGGAGAUGUGGCCGCUGUUGCUACACUGCAAACUAACUGGUAAAGCCCAAGAGGUUGUCUCUGCAUUGUCUUUAGAAGACAGUUUAAAGUAUGAUAAGGUGAAAGCUACAGUGUUAAGGGCCUAUGAACUGGUCCCAGAGGCCUACCGACAGGGGUUCCGUCAGCAUAAGAAGGCGACGAAUCAAACUUUUGUUGAAUUUGCCCGUGAGAAGGAGCAAUUAUAUGAUCGUUGGUUACAGGCUAGCAAAGUGACAGAUUUCGCGUCCCUUCGAGAACUCAACCUCCUUGAAGAGUUCAAAAGUUGUGUCCCGGAGAAGUUUGUUGUAUACUGUAAUGAACAAAAAGUCACUACAUUGUCCCAGGCAGCAGUACUAGCUGAUGAGUUUGCUUUGACCCACAAAACUGUGUUCACAGCACCUCGUGUGGAGACACGGAGAGUUGUCUCGCCUCCUGUACAGUCUGGUCCGUCCCAAGUCGCUUCUGGCUCAAAAGGGACAGGUGCUCGUGAGUGUUUCUACUGUCAUAAAGUGGGCCAUUUAAUUCAAGACUGUAGGAAACACUUUCAGGCGGAGAAAAGGUCUCCUUCUUCACCCAACGGUAAAAAGCCUGUGGUGCUGGUCAAAACUAAGCCUGUUGCUCGUGAGGUAUCUGGUGGGUGUGCUGACUCUCCAGAUCCCAGUUAUGCGCCAUUUAUUUUCCCUGGGUCUGUGUCUCUAUAUGACAGUUCUGAGGAAGUGCCCAUUCACAUUCUGCUUGACACUGGAGCAGCGCAGUCAGUGAUUCUAGUUGACGUGUUGCCCUGGUCAGAGGCUUCUUCCUGUGGAUACAGUGUACUUUUACAGGGAAUUGAAAUGGGACAUGUGCCGGUGCCACUACAUUCUGUUAAGUUGCGCUCAAAGUUGAUUAGUGACCAAUUUAAGGUUGCGCUGCAGCACUCUCUCCCUGUGAAAGGAGUGUCAUUAAUCAUGGGAAAUGAUAUCGCCGGUGGGUUGGUGUCACCUGUGAUUGAAGUCUUUGCUCCUCCCAAUAAACCCAUGUGUUUAGACACUCUGGGAGAAGAUUUCCCAUCUGUCUUCCCUGCUUGUGUGUUUACCCGUGCCCAGUCACGGAGGUUAGGGGAGGAAGUGUGUGGAUUAGAGGAUACUGUGCUUUGUCCUUUAUUCCAGUCUGUUGAAAAUGUGUCACCUUCCAGCCCUGUGAAGAACCAAGACUCGGUUAAGCAGGUGAAAUCAUUAACUGAUGAGUUAGUGCUCCCAGUGACAGGUGAUACUCUCAGAAAAGCUCAAAAGCAGGAUCCUAGCUUAACCAACUGUGUUUCUGCAGCGGUAAGCUCAGAAGAGGCUUCUACGAAGAAGGUAGCCUAUGUGCUAGAGGAUGAUCUUUUGUUGCGUACCUGGAUGCCUAGGAAGGAUACGGACAAGGUUUUGGAUUCUGUGAAGCAGGUUGUUGUUCCAAAGCCGUUCCGUGCUCAAGUGUUGGCGUUAGCCCAUGACAGUCCCUGGUCCGGUCAUCUAGGUGUCACAAAAACUUAUGACCGAAUCCUCAAGCACUUCUUUUGGCCAGGGUUAAAGAAAGAUGUAGCUACACAUUGUAGGACCUGUCAUACCUGCCAGAUUGUGGGUAAACCAAACCAGGUUGUCUCCCCAGCUCCUCUCUGCCCAAUACCAGUCAUGGCAGAGCCGUUCGAGCGCGUCAUUGUGGACUGCAGUCAGGGGGCGUUGGAAAGAUGGCACCAGACUCUAAAGUCCACCCUCCGCAAGUACUGCUUGGACACCAGCAAGGACUGGAUGAAGCAUGUCUACCGAGUGAACCAAGGUAAACGUAAGAUCAUGCAGCAGGAGGUUGCGUACCUAAUAGAGAAUGGUCUGGCCAUUCCCAGUACUAGUCCAUGGAGCUCCCCCUGUCUGCUGAUUCCUAAACCUGAUGGUACCAGCCGGUUUUGCACAGAUUAUCGCAAGUACACAGUGAUGGCAUUCGGCAUGCGCAAUGCUCCAGCAACCUUCCAGCGUCUCGUUAAUACAGUUGUAGGUGAUGUCCCGAACUGUACCGCUUACAUAGACGACCUGGUCAUCCAUUCUACUACCUGGACAGAGCAUCUGACAUCGCUGAGGGCAGUUUUCCAACGGUUGGCCGAUGUCCAGUUAACGAUCAACUUAGCUAAAUGCGAGUUUGGAAAGGCCACAGUCACAUACCUCGGGAAGGAGACAGUUGCGCAGAUUCCUAGAUUUUGA